AUGUCGCGUGCUUUUGGUAAAAGCGGCCGAUCAUCUGGCGUCGCGAGGGGCUUCGGCAGUCCAGCGCCUGCUGGCUUCGGUGGCUUCUCCUCCGCCGGCGGUAGUGGUCUAUCUUACCUCUCCGAGCCUCCUAACUUGGCCUCCAUAUCCGAUGCCAACGUUGUGGUUGCAUUUAAGAACGCACUGAAGAAAGAUGCCACAACAAAAGCAAAGGCACUCGAGGACCUCCUCGCCUACGUACAGGCUCACCCGUUCGAAGUAGAAGGAGGUGUAGAAGAGUCUAUCUUGGAAGCAUGGGUUCAAAUAUACCCUCGCAUCUCGAUAGACAACUCUCGCCGCGUCCGCGAACUCUCCCACACCCUACAGUUCGAGCUGAUGAAGUCGGCACGGAAGCGCAUGGAAAAGCGCGUGCCCAAGAUUGUCGGGACCUGGCUCGCUGGCUUAUACGACAAGGAUAGAGUCGUGUCGAGGGCAGCAAACGAUGGCCUGUCUUCCUUCCUCAGCAGCCCAGAAAAGGUUGCGAUGUUCUGGAACAAGUGUCAGUCACAGAUCUUGACUUAUGCGACCGACGCUAUACAAGAGACCAAGGACACCCUUAGCGACGAACGAUCCACGACAGCCGACGAUGCCGAAGCUAAAUACCUCCGAGUUAUAGGGGCAAGUCUCUCCCUUGUACUUGGUCUCCUGCAAAAGCUCGACGCAACCGAUAUUCAAAGGGAAGAGGAGGCUUACGAUACCUUCUUCGAUGAGGAGAAGGUCUGGAAAAGCGUAGUCACGGGCGACAGUUCGGUCAAGAAGACGGCGUGCCAGCUCUUGUGGGCCUGUCUCGAUAAGAGAUUCGACUCCGUAUCCUCACAAAUUUCUCGCCUGAAGAAGACAUUCGUCGCCGAGGGACUAAAGAGCAGUCAAGUAGGAUCGGCUGUCGAGUACGUCAGAGUCCUCACAAAGUUGACGGCUAAGUUCCCCGAGAUUUGGACGAGCUCGAGCGAGAAGAAGACCCCAAUGACAAGGCUGAACGGAUUCUUGGAGAAGGGUUCCCAGAGCAGCUCUGUCAAGUACUGGGAGCACCUUGAACACCUGAUCAAGGCCAUUCCGACGGAACUCUUCACAGUCGAUGCUUCAGCUGACGCGCUCAAGUCAGUGAGGACAGGAAUUACAAGCAGAGAGGAACCGCGGAUGAACGCCACCGCGGCGUGGACCUGCUAUGCCAGAACUACCAAGCAUCUGUUGAAAACCUUUCCUUCUGACAGUGAGAGGGCAACACUUGUUCAAGAACACCUGUUCCCUCUGAUUGAGCACUUCCUCCUACCCACACCCGAAAACUCGUCAUGGGAGAUUGCUGGAAACGGACGACUUCCUGUGCUAGGAGAAGUAUACGAGGUCUCUGUCGGCUCAUCAUCCGAGGAAUUCAAGGCAACAUCUGACAAGCUGGGGCUGCUCUCGUCGGCGUUCUGUGGCAGAAUAUCCAACUCACUUCCAGAGGUCUCAAAGGACUAUGAAAAGUCCCAAGAGGCUAUUGCUUCCGAGGGUACCCGCUGGUUCACCCUCGUUGGCCAAGUUCAAAAGGCAAACCCCAAAGACAGUCUCUUUGUCGAGCCUUCAAGGGUCAUCAUCAAAUGCAGUGUGGACCUCCUGGCAACAAGGAAUCUUAAGCCAUAUGGAGCAGCUGCAGUGCUCUACAGCGUGAGUAAGAACGCUCCGCACGUGUGGAGAGAUGCGGAAGCUGCUCAAGCACUGGAGCAAUUCCUGUCGACCCAAGGCCGAGAUCGCAUGGAUGUCUUGAUGCUUUCACGGUCUGGUACCGAUCUGCUGAACUGCGCCAAUGCCCUGGGCACCCUCGAUGGACAAGAAGCAAUAUACGCCAAUAUCUGGAAUACCUGGAUCGAGGCUUUGUUGAGCCUGUCCGAUGACUCGCAGGCCAUUAGGGGCAUCGAGCGUCUCAUUGCGAACAAAAAAGCGUCAGAUCUCUCUCAAUCGCACGAGCAGCUCCAGAAGUUCAUCGAAUCCAAGUGCUCCAGCACAGUCCGCGGAGAUCUGGAUGCCUGGAGCCUGUUCGAGGCAGCGUUUAGCAACAAUGCUAUCGCCGACUCAACCGCCAAACAAUUGGUAGAUAACAGCGUAUCGGCCUUGUCACAAAACAAGCAGCACUCUGUUCAGGCCCUUCGCUCCUUGGAAAUCAUUGCGAAUAAUAAGCCUGGGCUCUUGUCUCAGGACGAGUCAACACACAUGGCGGUCGUGACUGAGCUGCUGGGACUUGCCGAACUAAACGACAGGGCAAUUUCUCCCCGUGCUGCCUCGCUGAGAGCGCUACUGGAACAGCCCGCGGAUGGCGUAUCGCCAGUCGUCACCAUUAUCCAGAGGAAUCUCGAAGAUGCUGGGCCACAGUCACUUGGCGUCGAUACACUGGUUCAACAGGCCAUCCAGGCGUCCCAAGCUGGGUCUAUCGCCGUCGAGGACUUGUUCCCAAGCACGAACAUCUGGAUGCAGCAGCUCUCAAAGUUCUUCCAGGCCAAGCUCAAUCCGUCAUUGUCGAUUACUAGCGGUCUGGCGGGCGCUCAUUUCCUCGUUCAACCUACCGAGUCCGACCAACGCCUUCGUGUGCGCAGGGACCGAGAUGGUCUCUCUAUCCCGGCUAGAAUGGCAUCCUACACCUCCAAGCUCUUGUCAUCGGAUAUUUCGGUCUCCAGUCUGCCUGACAGCUUCCAGGUCGAGCUGCUCUACCUCCUUUGUGUCGCGGUUCAGAUGGUAUCGGACCAGAUUACACUCAUGGACGAGCACAAGCUGUUCCUGAACCUCGAUAUGGGAGACGCGCUUGCCUCUGCUGAGUCGUUCGUCUCUUCCACCCGCCUGACCAUCAAUGCCAUUGUCGACGAAGCCAAGGGAUGGAGGGACGGCUCGGAGGCUGGCUCGACAAAGUUAGUCAACGGUCUCAUCGCCAUCAUGACGCAGGAGACCAAGGAGCUCACCCCGCUUGGAGUCUACAGUUCCAGAGCGCUAAGCGACCUCUUCCAGAACCUCGCCGAGAAGCACGGUUUCCCUGUUGCUGGAGACGAGAAGAUCAACCAGCUGGCCACACUCAAGGCCACGCCACCAACAAUUCUGGCGGCGACGGCUGUGCUCGCCGGCUUCGGCGAGAGCCUGGAAUCAUCAAAAGCCAUUAACAACUUGUGCAACCGUCUUGUUAGCGACAUUGCGGGCGCCAGUGUUGAGCCUGAAAAAGCCGAAAAGACGCUGCUUAUUUUGGUCCUCCUCAACGCAUGCCUGCAAGUGUACGAAGUUGGCGGGGUUCCCGUGGCUAACAACCGUAUCGUCUUUGCCGUUCGCCAAAUCACGUCUUGGAUGGACGAUAUCCCCAACCUCACCCCCGCGCUGUCAGCCGAGAUCUGCCGAUCCCUACAAAGGUUGCUCCCAUGCAUGAAGGACGUAUACGGCUCGUACUGGGACAAGACGAUUGAAUUCUCCACCGCGUUAUGGGCAAGGGCCUCCGACGACCGUCUCGACGACUCGCUGCCGUACAUCCACGCAUCACUGAAGCUCAUGACCGCCUUGGAGACGCUAUCGGAGCCAAACGACGACCUCGUGGACGCCAUCAAGGAGUUUGCCGAGACGAAAUCUCUCUCCCUUAUUGAGCUCCUCAAGCUCGACCGCGAAAAGAACACACAACCCCUUGAGAUCGUCGACGCCAUCAUCUGCAGACAAGUCAACAAGAUCCCACUGAAGCACGUCACCGACCUCUCGGAUCUUUACGGCCUCAUCGCUGCGGACUCCCGCUCGAUUCAGACGGCGGCCUUCAACCUCCUCCACUACGCCCUCCCCGCGCGCCAGGAGGAACUCUCCGUCAACGUCCUCCUCGACAAGAUCGACGCUCGCCUGCCCGACGAGCUCCUCUCCCUCCUCCUCGACGCACCCACGCUGGAUCGCUACCCGGACGAGAUCCUCGCGCAGUUCCCCCUCGCCAUCCGCUCCUACCUGCUCUCAUGGCACCUCAUCUUCGACGCCUUCAGCACCGCCUCCCUCAAGGUCCGCCAGGACUACACGGAGCACCUCAAGACGGAGAACUACAUCGCCCCGCUCAUGGACUUCACGUUCGACGUGCUGGGCCACUCGGCCGCGCACCCGCUCAACCUCGAGCGCGAGGGCCUGACGACGCAGCACCUCACCUCCUACAGCGUCUCCCUCGCCGAUGCCGAGCCCGACGAGCGGAACCUCCACUGGCUGCUCGUGCACCUCUACUACCUCACUCUCAAAUACACCCCCGGUCUCUUCAAGACAUGGUACCUCGACUGCCGCUCCAAGCAGACGCGCAUCGCCGUCGAGGGCUGGAUGACGCGCUACUUCUCCCCCAUCAUCGUCUCGGACGCGCUCGACGAGGUGGCCGCCUGGGCCGCCGCGCAGGACCCGCCCGCCGACGACGACGAAAAGGAGCUCGUCGUCAAGGUCAGCAAGGCAUCUAGAGAAAUCACGGCGGGCGUCGAGAUCGACGAGAGCAUGGCCUCCAUCGCCGUCAAGGUCCCCGCGAGCUACCCCAUCGAAGGCGUCUCCGUCGUCGGCAUUAACCGUGUCGCGGUCAACGAGCGCAAGUGGCAGAGCUGGCUUCUCACGACGCAGGGCGUGAUUACCUUCUCCAACGGGAGCAUCAUCGACGGUCUCUCCGCCUUCCGCCGCAACAUUGUCGGCGCGCUGAAGGGCCAGUCCGAGUGCGCCAUCUGCUACUCCAUCAUCUCCACUGACAAGCGCAUGCCCGACAAGCGGUGCUCGACGUGCAAGAACCUCUUCCAUCGCACCUGUUUGUACAAGUGGUUCCAGAGCAGCAACCAGAACACGUGCCCGCUGUGCCGUAACCCCAUUGAUUACCUAGGCCAUGACUCCAGGGCGAAGAGAGGGCAGUCCGAUUAUGUGGUGUAA